CCAUUCGAGCUCAUCUCGCGGCUGCAAUGCCUCCACGUAGUCGUAGGAAUGAAAUAGGGCGCGGAUGUAAAUUUCUCGCGUGGCGAAGCUCGCGUUUUCGUCAGAUCCGAUCUGAAGAGUUUCCAGCAGCUCCAGAAAAUUCCGGAUGGUUGUUUGCAAAUGCCGAGCGUCGACCAGGCUCUAUUGUUUCGUCCACAAAGUUCCAGUGUGCUCUCAAUGCAUUUGCUUCCAGCAACAUCAGCUAUGCGUUGUCCGAACUUACGCGGAAUGGGUUGUGGAUGGAGAUUACGAUUGGCCUCCUCAGUGUAGUCUCUGCCAGCAAUCGCUACUCGGUGCCGAGGGAGACGUGAUUCGUCUCGGUUGCUUGCAUCUGCUGCACGGAGCUUGCCUGAAAACGCUCUUGACGAGUGGCGACUUGCAUGGUUCUUCGCCGCAUGCGUGCCCGUCCUGUUCAUCUGUGGUAUGGCCUCCGAAGAACUUCAGAGAUCUUGGCACUGGCCUCCCUCUCGUUCUAAAGCAGGCAAUCUCUCAGACUAGUGGCGAUGGUACUGAAAGCUUUCCCAAAGAAACUCGUGAUCUUUCCCCGGAAACCAGCUCUUCGGAAACAGUGCUCCUCAGCGAAGCACCAAAGCUCUCGUCCAGCGUUGUCGACAUGAGAACCAGCCAGGAAUUCGAGCACCCGCCGAGCUCUGUACGCGACGAGAACGAGUGGAAGUAUCGCCGCCGAGGUCCAAUGCACAGACAAGUGGCGAGGCACCUGCUUCCUCUCUGGGCCUCUUCUCGAGCAGCAACAACACUGCCUUUGACCACUGCCGAGGACUGUCGUCGAGCUUCCAAGGCCAGUACCAGCAAGAUUCUCCUGUUUGUCGCAAUCAUGUCCUGUAUAGCAACAGUGGUCUUGUUAUAUCAAAGAAUCCAGCGAUGAAAGGAUAGAAACAAACUGAUGCUAGACACACCGAGCUUGUGUAGACGAUUCUCUUCUUAGAAAGAAAAGUCACUCAAAAUCAUUAGAACA